AUGGCCAUCUGUAUACCUCCAACAUCAAAUAAUUCGUUAGAAUGUGUUGUGUGCAUUUGGCAAUCAAAUCUGAACCCAUGGUCAAAAUCUGAAUCACUGGAAUGGCGUCAUUAUUCCGGUGUAAAAAAUUUACUCAUGGAAGACGUAUAUAAAAGAAAUUCACCACAAGUCAAGUUGGAUAAUAAUCAUAUUGUUUUUGAUCGCAAUUAUCAAAUACCUAACAUUGAUCGUCACAAAGGAAGACCUAUACGGGGAGUAGAACGUAAGAGGGAAGACAAAUAUCUAAGACGAGAACGUUUUCUGGGUCUUUCUGUUAGUUCAGGACCUUGUAUUGCACAAUUGCAAGAUCCAGAGGAACUAGCAGCUGAAAAAUUUACUCAUUUAUAA